AUGCUGCCUCCAGCGCCUCGAUUCUGGGCCGCAAGAUCCGCGGAAAUCGAUCCCAAAAUGAAUUUAAGCUUAGAUGAAGACACAGUACAAGUUAAUGAUUUGAGUAUACAUUAUUAUUCGGUGCAGAAAGAAAAUACGCCGCCCGGUGCGUCGGUUACAGAUGCAAUCGAUCCCCUUGUUAUACCUGUCUGUAACUCGGGCCCGUCUGGGGCAGCUGGAAAAUGUUACGAUGAUAUCGCAAUCCUAAUUCAUGGCGCGGGACAUUGCGGAAUGAGCUAUGCUUUGUUGGCGGAUUUGCUUCGAUCGCAUUUCACCGUGGUUGCUCCUGACCUCCGCGGCCAUGGCAAAACAUGGAGAGGCAUAGAUGAAGAUUUGUCUGUUGAAACUUUGGUAGAUGAUUUGGUGUGCUUCGUGAAAACGUAUCUCGUGAUGAAGGGCAAAUCCACUAGCCGCGUUCUACUGGUUGGACAUAGCAUGGGCGGUGCGGUUGUGGUAAAGGCAGCACGAGAGCUGCUGGACCAAAAGAUAUUACAUUGUUUGCGAUUCUUUACGAAGCCCCCAACUCAGGACGAUACAAACCCGGAAGGUACGAGUCAGAAGUCAUCUAUGAGUUCAAAGACCGCUGUCAGUCCGGUUAAUUACCUCAAUGGGGUUGUGUUAUUGGAUGUGUGCGAAGAGGUUGCUCUGGCUGCUCUUCCGAGUUCCAAACGUUUUGCGGAAAUGAUUCCCGCAGAAUUUGCCUCCGAACAGGAAGCGAUAGAAUGGACAAGUCACCAUCUAGUUCGGAAUCACACCUCCGCUACGUUGAGCACCCCACCUCAACUGUAUCGAGAUCACGAUUGUUUUCGCUGGAAAGUUAAGUUGCUCAAUACGCAGCGAUGGUGGCCUGGAUGGUUCCAAAAUAUGGACAAAAUACUCAUGCAGUUACCUUGUCCUACUAAGGUAGUCAUUGUCGCAGGCAUAGACAAUAUUGGGAAUGAUAUCGUUGUCGCGCAAAUGAGUGGAAAGCUCCAGCUUGAAGUCAUCCCCAAAUCAGGACAUAUUAUUCAUGAGGACCAAGCCAAAGAGGUCGCCGAAAAACUCAUCAGUUUACUACUCCGGCAACACAAAAUGGAAUCUGUUGUGCUAUCCCACUGA